AUGAAGCUUAUCUACACUGCCCUCUUCGCUCUCGCUGCCACCGCAGUCAAUGCCUGUGACAGUACCCUUUGCGAGGGAGCUACUGUUCUUCGAGUUGUUCCUUGUACCAAGGGGUGCAUGGGACGACCUUGUCACCUUUAUGAUUGCCCCGACAGUCCAUACACGUACAUCUGCGGAAAGGACAAGACCAAGUGUGAUGAGAUUUGGUGA